AGCAGGUAAGGAUAUCAGAUGUUAUACCACACCCGGCAGGUAAAAUAUCAGAUGUUAUACCACACCCGGCAGGUAUGAAGUGAGACUGAGCUAUCAUCAAAAUGAGCAUCAAAACAAUAUCAGAGAGGAUGUCAUCCCAGUAUUCACAGCGUUCACUUCGUAUUCGUCCAAUCAAAAUGCCACUAGAGCCUUUAAAGGUAUCCCAUAGGUCAAAUACAAAUGAACGAAUUUUCCUGGAGGCAGUCGAAAGGGGAGAUAAACACACUGUUGUACGUUGUUUACAUGAACCAAAUCCCGUUAACGUUAACUGUACAAAUAUGCUUGGAAGAUCGGCAAUUCAAAUUGCUGUUGACAACGAAAAUGUUGAAAUCGUAGAAAUAUUGCUUCAACAGGAUGGGGUUGAAAUUGGAGAUGCCUUGUUAUACGCCAUUAGAGAAGGCGUUUACAAGAUUGUGGAGAUGCUAAUUGACCAUCCGUCAAUCAAAUCUAACAUGCUAGGUUCCGAGUGGUCCAAAAUGAAAAAUAACGGACAAGGUGAAGAGAGUUCCGAUUACUCAUCUGAUAUUUCUCCAGUAAUGUUGGCAGCGCACUGUAAUCAGUUUGAAAUUCUACAGCUACUUUUGCUAAGAGGGGCAGAUAUUAAUCCCCCACAUCAGUUAUCAUGUUCAUGCAAAACCUGUCAAGAACAGGUUCACAAAGACAGUCUACGUCAUUCUUUAUUUCGUAUUAACACUUUCCGAGCCUUGGCGAGUCCAGCCUGGAUUUCAUUGACGAGUGCCGAUCCUAUUUUGACCGCAUUCAAAUUAUCACAUACGUUAGAAAAACUAGCCCUCCGUGAGAACGAAUUCAAGGAUACUUAUAUGGAACUCCGUGACCAAUGUCGACGAUAUUCAUGUGAUUUGCUGGACCAAUGUCGGAGUAGUGAGGAAGUAAUAGCUGUCUUAAACAAAGAAUGUGAUCCGUCGGAUGAGGAUUUUUCCGGCUUCGGUGCAGCACUUGAACGGAAUCCAAAUGAAGAUAAACUGACUUUAUCAAGACUGAAACUUGCCUUAAAAUAUGAGCAAAAGCAGUUUGUAGCCCAUCCAAACUGUCAACAGCUCUUGACAUCAAUAUGGUAUGAAGGUUUACCAGGAUGGAGAAAGAGGAAUGGUCCGACGAAAUUUCUACUGUGUAUUGGUUUAAUAUUGAUAGUACCAUUUACAGCCGUGUAUUACCUAAUCUUUCCGCGCAGCAAGAUAGGACAGUUAUUACGUAGUCCAUUCAUGAAAUUCCUCUACCAUAGUGCCUCGUUUGUAGUGUUUCUUUUGCUUCUAGUUCUAGUGACUACCGAUAUAGGUAAUACGCCCACUCGUGACCAGCAACGUGGACCUCCUCCAUCACAGUUGGAAUGGUUGAUUAUUUUCUGGGUUUGUGGUUUCGUUUGGGCGGAGUGUAAACAGUUAUGGGAAGAAGGUUUGAAGGCUUAUAUAAGACAAUGGUGGAAUCUGAUGGACUUUAUCAUGUUAUCUUUAUACCUAGCAACAUUUUCUCUUCGUUUUGUUGCUUAUAUGCAGAUAGAAUCUAGCCAGUUCGGUCAAAGGCAAAUUCCAAGAAAAGAUUGGCCGACAAUGGACCCGACAUUAAUCGCUGAAGGACUAUUUGCUAUUGCCAACGCAUUCAGUUUUUCUCGUAUUAUCUAUUUGUUCCAAGCAAAUCAACAUUUAGGACCAUUACAGAUCUCUCUAGGAUGCAUGCUUAUUGACAUCGUCAAGUUUUUGUUUAUAUUUUUUCUCGUGUUAACAUCCUUUGCAUGUGGUUUAAACCAACUGUAUUACUACUACAGCGGAAGUAGAACUCCUACGACAGCAGACUCAUUUUACUCGUUAGGAGAAAGUUAUGUAACAUUGUAUUGGUCGCUGUUUGGUCUGGUUACCCUGAAAGAUAUAAAAAUACCAAAUGGACAGUCUUUCACAUCAAUGAUAGGCAUGAUACUAUUUAUGGCGUACCAUUUUAUGGCCAUUAUAAUGCUAAUCAAUAUGCUUAUAGCUAUGAUGUCCAACUCGUAUCAGAAUAUUGAGAAUCAUGCAGAUAUGGAGUGGAAAUUUGCCAGGUCUAAAUUAUGGAUGUCGUACUUUGACGAAGGUUCAACACUACCGUCGCCAUUUAAUUUGAUCAUCAGUCCAAAGUCCAUAUUCUACUUUUCAAUGCAAAUUAAAAGUAUGUUCAACUUCUGCUUCAAAAAGAAACGAGGGAAUAAACCAAGAAUAAAGAGAUCUUCCUCAUCGGGAACCAUUAAGCGCCCCACAUUGAACAGAGAUCCAUAUAAGAUUCCACCAUCCUACAAUGAAUUGCAUUAUCAACAAAGGAAAUUAGCUUAUUUUGAGGAUGUAAUGAGACGUCUCGUGAACAGGUAUAUCCAUCAUACCAAGAAACAAAAACAAGAGGGGAGUGUGAAUGAGGAUGAUCUACUGGAAAUUAAACAAGAUAUAUCUAGUCUUAGAUAUGAACUGAGAGAAGACAAAAUGAGAGACGACGGAAAACCUUCUAAUUAUCUUGAUUGUCUACGAGGUGAUAUCCGUAAAGAAUUUCAGAAGAUUUCGCCUAUACCACACCCUAAGUUUGAAACGACGACGCAAACAAACUAUCAGUGUUAUAACGAUAAAAUUCAAAAGAAUGGUGACUCGGCAAAUCUAUCAAGUUCAGGAAAAUAUGCCACGUUAUCAAACAUCCCACAACCUAAAAAUCAACAAUAUAAUGAUCGAAUACCAAGAAUUCCUGACUGGGGAAGUCCCUGUAGUAGUAGUGAAAGACUUACAAGCGCUAGUGAUCGAGACCAGCUUAAAAUAGAAAUGAUAUCGUUACUCCGCGAGGUGUUACAGGAAAUGCAGAUUGACAAGGGAGUUCAUUCACUUCCUGUAAACGGAACUGAACUUUACCAGACCCAUUUGUAUACUCAAUUAUGAAAAAGGCAUGCACAAAUAGAUUUCUAAAGAGUUUGUUUUGUCUGCUCUACGGGUUAACUUCAUUGAUUGCGUUUUUAAUCGCAUGUGCACUUCUAGAAGAUAUGCUAUGCGGUAGAAUUUUCCCUGCUCAAUACAAAAAUGAAGAAAACAAAUCUGCAGUCUUGUAGUAAUGUUACAUACUUAAUAUCAUGGCAAAUUGUAAACUACAUGUAUGUUUUAAACAUCGAUUU